AUGGCAAAACUAGGGUCUGAAGUCGUGCAUGCUGAACUCAGAGCACCGACCGAAAACGGUCAGCAUGCGAACCCCCGUUUCGGGCUCACCUCACCAUGGGAACACUACUACCGUCCUUCCGACACUGCCCCCCAAGGUCGAUUCGAAUGCGAACUGGAUGAGAUGGUCAUCUUUGGUGAUAUCCCGACGGAGAUCAGUGGUACCUGGUAUCGUAUCCUUGUAGACCCUCACUUUUGCCCGCAGGUGGGAACUCCCUUCGUCGAUGGGGAUGGGCAUGUCUGCGCCUUUCGCAUCCAGGACGGCAAGAUCUCUAUGAAGAUCAAAUACGUCCACACUGAAAGAUGGCUACUGGAGCGCAAGGCCGGUCGCCGCCUCUUUGGUCGUUAUCGAAAUCCUUUCGACAGCCACCCAUGCGUGCGGUUGGCGAAUGACACCACUGGAAAUACCAACAUCAUCUACUGGGGUGGGAACCUCCUCGCAUUGGCAGAGAGAGGAUUACCGUAUGCACUGGAUCCAGACACGCUCGAGACAAGGGGUGCAGAUCCAUAUGGUGGUCAGGUUACUGCGAAGACUUUUACGGCCCAUCCCAAAAUCGAUCCCCACAAGAAUGAACUAGUCACCUGGAGCUAUGCUGCCAAAGGUCUUAGUACACCAGAUAUUUGUACUUACGCCAUUGGCCCCGAUGGGGGUAUUUCCAAUGUACACUGGUUCAAGCAGGAUAAGCCCGGGUGGCCACAUGAUGGCUGGAUCACGGAUAAUUGGAUCAUCCUUUCGAACAUGCCAUUCGGUGUCAAUAGCGACAAGGUGAUGAAAGCUGGGGGCGACUACUGGAGAUUCAUUCCUGAUCAACCCUCGGAAUUCCUUGUCACUCCACGCGAGGCAGAAAACCCGAGCCAUCCAGGCUGGAAGCCUGGCGAAUUCCGUAAGUAUAUCGCCCCUCAUGGUUUGAUCAUCCACACUGGCAAUGCAUGGGAAGAAGGAGAUGGCGUCUUGAAGCUAGAAAGCCACUUCGCCACCUUCAAUGUCUUUGACUUCUUCAAUCCGAAAGACUACAGAGGCCCUAAAGAGAAGCCCAGCGGCGAUUGGAAACGUUGGACAAUUGAUCUUUCCCAGCCAGAUGGAACUGCCGUGCCACCACCUGAGACGCUAUUUAAGGGCAUCGUUGAUUUUCCCAUUUUCGAUGAGUGGAAGACUGGCCGCAAGAGUAAGAUCGUUUAUUUGACGGUCAUGAUGGACCCUGAAGGAGGAGCACAACCCACGUUCAGUGCAAUCAUGAAGUUGAAUACGGAGACGGGCGAGAAAUCGAUGUUUUACGCACCCGAAGACGGCAGUGUAGCGGAGCCGGCAUACAUUCCUCGAGGGCCCGAUUGUGAUGAAGGCGAUGGCUGGAUCAUAUUCUACACCCAGAGAGAAUCGUCCCCCAAGGGAGAAUUGGUCAUCCUCGACGCCAAUGAUUUCUCAAAACCGGUCGCCAUUGCGCAGUUGCCUUUCCAAACGCGCAAUCAAGUCCAUGGAAAUUGGGUUCAGAACCCGCAUCCUGAGAGGCCCCUGCCAAUGUUGACGGGUCCUAUUCAAGAUGUGUCAAUCAACACAAAGUAUUCCCAGUUGACUGAGAUUCCAUAG